AUGCUGGUCUGGGCAGUUCUUUGGCUUCCGUUAUGUCUUGCCUUGAGCCAAAGCAGUGAAGAGAGCUGCCCUUUGGCCGAUGGCUCUUGUCAGCCUGCCAAAUCAAGUAGUUCAGUGCUCCCAACAUGUGAAGAAGAUAUUGAGCUCAAGGACUUGGUCGAGAAGUCCAAGUUGCUUUGCAAUCCUCGGCACGUGCCAGAGAACCUGCGAGCACCCAAGAAGAUCUCGGGCCUCUACUGGUUGAAAGGGCUUCCUUUGCCUGAUGUGGCGGCCUGCUUCAGUACGGGUGAAUGGAAUCAGGACACCUUGACGCUAAAGCUUACAACUUGGCGGGACUUUUACUUUAAGAAUGACUUUGCUGGACGAAGCCUGGCUGGAGCUCUCUAUGAAGCUUCGUUUGCAUAUUUGGUGAAGUUCAAGGAUGAUACACUCUCAGAGGCGGACAUUACUCCCACCAGCUCCUCACGUUUGUGGUCACCUCUGACGACCGCGUUUGGAGCGAUCAGCUCUUUUCCCUUGAUCGAAGUCACUGGGGUCACUCCUGGCACGCGCUUCGCACGGCCUUCCUACUUCGGCAUUGCCGACUUCAAAGUCUUGACCAAUGAGUAUGAAGCAUGGAAAAUCUUGGAUGCGGACCUUCAUCCUGUAACUGAAAAUAUCCAAAUGAUGAUGAAGCUGUUACCGCGGAAAAUCGGUGACAAGCACAUCGUGAAGUUUUCGGAGGGCCCCUGCUCUGCGGACGUAAAAUCGGAUAAUCGACGUGGAGACCAGAGCUGCGCCGGCCUCUUCGUGGAACUCGUGAAGCAACCUCAAUUGGGCCUUGUGCACCAGGAGUUGGAGAAGGAGAUCAAGCUGGCGCAUGUGUCCUCGAAAGGCUGCCAUGCAGAGUAUAGCCUCAUUUGCCAGAAUGGCAUUUAUGAGAUCAAGGAGUCACACCUUUGUACCACUGGGCAUUUUACCGGUCCUGGUCAAGGGACAGUGGAAGGAAGUUGGGAAGUCUGUGCAUCUGCCGAUUUCUCCUUGAGUCUUCUGACGCCUGUGCUGGAUCUCACUUGGGAUGUGGAAAUCCCUCCGCACACGCCCGUGGAAGGCUGUCUUCGCGUGUCCUUGCCGGAAGAGCAUCCUGAGCUGGAGAAGGUCCGCGGUACCAUGGAGCAGCAGAAGCAGGUACUCAUUGCCAAGAAGAAGGAGGUGGGCGGUUGUCCAACCUUCCGGACGGCGGGGGACCGCCUGGCGCGCGCGGGGGACUUCGAAGGAAGUGGAUUGACCGGUGUCUUCUCGAGGCAGUACUUGAAGCUUUUGCAGAAGGAGCUUUCCAGUCGAGCACAGGUCUGGGCUCAUGCUCCACCUGGGAAGAAUCAAGAGUCCUUCAUCGACUCCACGAUCCAUGUGGCCUCCCUCUCGACCUUUUUGCCUUACUUUGCGAACCGCACCACUGCGUUCACCACCUGUGCUGCAUUGAACUGUGGAGAGCCAGUGCCCUUCAUCGACGGUCCCAUGCGUUUCCACUACGAGGAAGUGGCCAGUGCCCAAGCAAAUCCCAAGCAAAAACGGGUCUUUUCCUUGGCGUCCACCACGCCCACCGAAGAGUGCCAUGCUCGUUCAUUGCCAUUGUUCUACAGUAGUGGAUCCCCAGAACACACGCAGUGGCGACAGCUGUUGGAUGCUGCCGGCUUUGAAGAGAUGCACAAGAAGGAGUUGACCACCGCUGCAUCCCUGCUGGAUGCCGCGUGGCUGGAGAAACUGCGCCGUGCCAUUGGCAUGCAAUCAGUGCUGCCGGCGCCUACCGAGUUGGAAGUGGGACGGAUCGUUAUCCCCUUGGUCUUUGAGGCCAUUUGGGGCAAGAAGAUCUCCGCCUCAGAAGUCUAUCAAAUCUUGCCCUACCUGGAGUUAGGGAAGAUGUGCAUCUUGGGCAAGCGUGGGAAGCACGUGGGGGUGGUGCAACCCAGAGCGCUCAAAGCCAUCAAGAACGUGGCCAUUGCCUUUGCACGGGACUCUCCAACAGCGCAGAAGCUCUACAAGUUGAUUCAAGAGCCCAAGUUCGCUACACUGAAGCACUUACUGGAGACCGACAUGACGGAAGAGACCUUGAAUGACAAGCUGGUGCGAGACAUUAUCCAUGCCUCGCUCUUUGCUGGCGUUCUGGGAACCAGCGACAUGACGACGAAGUGCGUGCAAUCUCAGUUCAAGGAUGGAAAUCAUGUAAUGAUGUUCCGAAAAGAUGCAGGGGCCUAUUUACAUGAGCUGAUGCGACUGGAUGGAGCGGUUCAGCAAUUCACCACUGCCCUCGACAGCGACCAGACCAUCGUCCUUGAGGGACAUAAGGUGGCAUUUCCCAAAGAUCAGGCUGUGAACAUGGUCAUGAACACCGCCAAUCGAGAUCCGAGCAAGUUCCCGGAUCCCGACGUGUUUGAUCCUGACAGAGCCAACCUUGAUGAGAUGCUGACCUGGAAUGGACAAUUGAAGCACGUGAUGGCUCGCAACUACAGUGGUGCCCCACGCUUCUGUCCUGGAUAUCACUUGUCCAUGAAGGUGGCCAAAGAGGUUUGCGCGCAGAUGACGAAGGAUUUGAACCAGUGGGGUGGUUUCAGCCGCGAACACGCGAAGAUUGAAGGCCUGGUGAAGAUCAAGACCCCUGGCUACUUUGGAAAACAUGCGUCCGUCGCCUAUUUCGACUUUAGCAAAGACAAGUAUUGCCUCACCGAGAAGUACCACCAUGAUACCUACAUUGGAUGUUUUCCCGACGAGGAGCUGGAAGUGGUCGAUCCCAAUGGUGGCCGUCCCAAGACCCUGGAGGAAGAGUACAAUAUGUGCCCAAAGAUGGUUCCAGCCAUGAUGCAGAUGCUCCUACGCGUGCUGGCACGACAAGAGGAAGCCCAUUCCACCGUCGGCUGGAUGAUUGAUCGAUUGCUGGGCAAGAAGGCCGACAGUGAAGACUUUCAUCCAGAUUGGGCGGAUGAUUUUGUGGUGGGUUUGUAUGCAGGCAUCAACCUCGUCAGCAUGCCGAUGUACUCCUCGCGGCACGCGAACUCCGUCUUCGUGCCGCGCCGCAAGGGCACCGUGGAGGUCUUCCAAGUGGGCAGCGUCGUGGCGCCCGACGUGGACAUCGACAAUCCCAAGUUCGUGCCGGUGGAGUGGUAUAUCCCACAACCGCUUUUGGACCUUGGAAUGGUGCCAGCGAUGACAUGUUUCCACGGAUUCCUGCGGCAGUUGCCUUGGGAUGACAUGUUGGAUGGUGAGCGAAAUACUUGGGACUUGGUCAUGAACCUCAGCAAGUUCUCUCACCGAAGGAAGGAGGAUUGGGUCAUGAGUUUCUACAAAGGCUACAAGAGCCAAGAUGGUGUGGAAAACUGGCCGAGCAUGGAGGUGAACUUCGCCAAGAUGUAUUGGAAGCAAGAUGAGUGGGACGACGGCUUGGAAAAAGCCAUUGCCUUCGGUUUGAUCGCUUCUCACCGUCUGGAAGAACUGGAUCCUCCAGUGAACUUUGGCGGCGACUCAAUGCGUAUCACGCGCUGGAGGUGCUCGUUGAUUACGAUCAUCACCUUGACCGAUCAUCUUCACUACACCCACUUCCGCGCCGGCAACGUCUUGGCCACGGCGGUGCGCAAGACCCUGUCGCCCAAUCAUCCCUUGCGGCGCCUGCUCUCGGUCUUUACCUUCGGAACCAUCUUCGUGAACCUCCAGGCGAUGCACACCUUGAUUGGUCCUCGACACGUCUUGCACCGAUCAACACCCUUUGUCCAGUUCGAAGACUUAAGCGAUGCAGUGCCACAGCAUCUCUUGCCUUUGACCCAAAAGCACCAAGCUCUCUUAAAGGAGGAGGAGUGGAAGAAGUUGCCUCCCAAAGUGCGCUCCACGCCCUACUUCUCCGAUGGAAAGCUUCUCUUCGACGCCGAACGGAAGCUGCUGAAGGAGUUCAGGGAGCUCUACGGCUAUGGCGCUAUGGGGUUUUGCAGCAAGGAGGACCAGAUCGUGGGGCCCGAGGCACAAGGCUUCGUGUCGGAGCUCAUCGCGGAGAAUGCCCACUCGCAUUAUGCCAGCGCGCUCCACCAGAACGUCACCUGCACCGAGUUUUUCGAGGAGAUCCUCAUGGCCUACAUUUGGACGGUCACGGGAUGGCAUCGACAUGUCGGAACGGUCGGCGACUACUAUCGCGAUCCCGAGUUGGCCUCCUUCAGCUGGGUGGAAGGGGAACGAUCCGCCAGGCCGUUGCAACACAUGCAGAUGACGACGGUGGCCGUUUUUACCUCAUCUUUGCAGCCAAAGAUCAUCGAAGACUACAGUCACGUCUUUCAAGGAGUUCACAAGGAGGCACAGAUGCUCCAGAUCUUAGAUCGCUUUCGGGCGGAGCUCCAUCGCGUCUCUGCAGAGAUUCAGCGGAGGAACCAGAAGCGACUGCACGAUCCAGACAUGGGCUUUGAAAAUGUGCACGCAGAUCCCAAGAUCGUGGAGUGUUCAGUAGCGGUUUAG